UGGAGUUGGGACUUACCAGAGGGCAUGUCUGUCAAGGGCAGCUGUGAUCUACAGCGGAGAAGAAGCUUUUAUAAGCGUGUGGUUCUCUGGUCUGCCUCCUCAUCAACCAAUCCACUACCAACAGUGUGCCAGAGACUACAGACGGACGGACGGACGGACUGAUUGCCUACGUGCCUCGCAAACUCGCCCCAGAAAAUGGGGAGACAGACCUCCUCCGUGCACCUGCUGGCUUUUUCCGUUCUGGUUG